AUGGACUCGCCAGCGCAUGAGUCGACAAGGCAGUUCGUGCAGCAGACCGGGGCUGCCAUCUUCACAUUGGACGGAGAGCGAGGGUCCGGCAGAUCGCAGCUCUGCGCAAAGCAGGCCGACGGUCGCAUGACGUGCACCGAGAUCGCGUUGGAAGCCAAAUCACUCUUCUCGACAAUGCAGAGCCUCAACUUCUUCUGCACCUUGCCGCAAGAUCCAUCGAAGACACACAUCAACUGCCAGCGCAUUCCCUCAUCGUAG